AUGGCAGCGGUGGCGGCGGCGCGUCCGCCAUGGAUCGCGAACCACAACGCGUGCGAUCGCGAGGGAGGAUCGCUGCUGCUGAUUUCCGGGAGGAAUGUAAGGAAUCUAGGCAGGGUUGGAAGUAGCAGUAGCGCGCGAUGGUCGUGUAGGGCGGAAUGUGGCUUGUGUGGGCGGCCGCUGGAGAAGAGCUCCAAUGUCGCUUGGAAGAGGAGGCUGAGAGCGGUGUUUGGGAGCGAAGACGAUGAUGAAGAAGAAGAAGAAGCACAAGUAAAGAGUGCUCGAGUCCGAGCUAAGCGGCCCAAACCAGCGAGUCCUUCGAAUCACAUACUCUUCCAGGGAUUCAACUGGGAAUCUCAUUCCAAGAAACCAUGGUAUGUAGAUCUCAAAGAGAAGGCUCCCGUCAUCGCCCAAGCCGGUGUCACCGAUAUCUGGCUUCCUCCGCCAUCGCAGUCAGUCGAUCGACAAGGCUAUCUUCCCAGUCAGCUCUACGACUUAAACUCCUCCUCGUAUGGAAACGAGGCGCAGCUCAAGGAGCUCAUCGACACUCUCCACGAGCAGGGCAUUUGCUGCAUCGCUGAUAUAGUGAUAAACCAUCGCAGUGGAUGGAAACAGGAUGCUCAGGGUCACUGGAACAUCUUUGAAGGUGGAACUCCGGAUAAGAGGCUGGAUUGGGGGCCUUGGGCAGUAGUGUGCAAUGAUAUCUAUAGGAGUGGUGGCCAAGGCAAGCAGGACACUGGUGAGAGCUACGCAGCUGCUCCAGACCUUGACCAUACUAAUAAGCAAGUGCAGGACGAGCUGACCGACUGGUUGAACUGGAUGAAGGCUGAGAUUGGUUUUGAUGGGUGGCGGUUUGAUUUCGUCAAAGGCUACGCUCCCAAGUACACCAAAUUGUACUGUCAGAGAACCGACCCGAGUUUUGUUGUUGGCGAGUUGUGGACGUCGCUGAAUUACGUCAGUGGUCGUCUAGCUGCCGAUCAAAAUUUUCACAGGCAGCAGCUCUGCGACUGGAUCGACGGGACCGGCGGCUGGGGAUGUGCUUUCGAUUUCACCACCAAAGGAGUCUUGCAAGAGGCCGUGAAGAUGGAGCUGUGGCGUCUGCGGGACAAGGAAGGCAGGCCUCCUGGUCUAGUCGGUUGGUAUCCAAAGAAAGCGGUCACGUUUGUGGAUAACCACGAUACCGGAUCGACCCAGCGGCACUGGCACUUUCCCGACGAGAAAGUCCAUCUCGGCUAUGUCUACAUUCUCACGCAUCCUGGGAUUCCAUGUAUCUUUUACGAUCACUAUUUCUACUGGGGGCUGCAAGAACAGAUCAACCAGCUAUUGGAGCUGAGGCUACGGAACAAAAUAAACGCGGAGAGUAAGAUCAAGAUCCAAGCAGCGGACUUCGACAUGUACGUUGCCACAAUCGCCGAUCGACUCAUUGUGAAGCUUGGUCCAAGGUUUGACAUGGGACCUUUGCUUCCAAAAUCAUCAACUUGGAAGCUCGUAAUGGCGGGCUCCGAGUAUGCAAUCUGGGAGAGCACGAAGAAGAUGGCUGGAGUGGCUCCGAGCGAGCCGGAGAUCAUCGUCGUCAAGUCCGGGCCUUCUGAGACUGGCGAUGAGAACAUCGAAGUGAAGAUAACCAGCGAUAUGUCGUGCGAGACAGUGAACCGGAUCAUGGAGGAAGUGCCAGACAUGGUCUCCAAUCUCCACGAUGUGGAGAAAGUCGUGGAGGAAUGCAAGGUGGAGUACGAAGACGAAGAGGAAGACGAGGAGGAAGAAGAAUCCAGCAAGAAGAAAUCACGUAAAUAGCUUUGUAGAUUUUGCUAUUCCAAUAAGUUUCAAUAUUUAGGCUUA